AUGAGUGGUUGCAAAACUGUAGCAACACCACUUGACAAUUGUCAAACAAUGAAGAAAGAAGAUGGAUCACCACAAGCUAAUAGCUUGACAUUCCGAAGUCUCAUUGGAAGUCUCCUAUAUUUAACAAUUACUAGACCAGAUAUCAUGUAUGCAACAAGUUUGCUAUCAAGGUUCAUGCAGAAUCCAACUCAAGUGCAUUAUGGAGCUAUAAAAAUAAUACUAAGAUAUCUACACGGAACUAAAGAUUAUGGUAUAUGGUAUAGACCCAUUUCUAAUUCACAACUGCUUGGAUUCACAAAUAGUGACUGGUCAGGAUCAGCAGAUGACAUUAGAAGCACUUCUGGCUAUGCGUUCACUCUUGGCUCAGGCAUUUUCUCUUGGGCAUCAAAGAAGCAAGCAACAGUUGCACAAUCAUCUGUAGAGACAGAAUAUAUUGCAGCUGCAUAUGCCACAAGUCAAGCAUUAUGGCUCAAGUAUAUAUUUAAAGAUUUUGGAGAACCAUAA